AUGAUCUGGGCUGCGUUGCUUCUGAUAGCAGGUACUGCCCGAUGUGAUCCGAGGAUUGCGCUGCAGGUUGGAGUGGAUGGUGACAUCGGACGACCUAUGAUGCGUUCCAAGGGACAUAUGGCAUUUCGCAGCCGAAGCGAUUUCAUCGAGCAAGGACAGGGGCCAAACCAAUCUGUUCCACAGUGCCAUGAGGGGAUCCAGUCUCGGGCCGUGUGCUGUCCUUCUUCCUGCGGAACUUGCGGUGGUCCGAUCUGUGCACUGCUGCCGGGUGGAAGCGGAAGCUGCUGCUUCGUGAAUAUCCUGGCAUCGGGAAGAGAGUGUUCUGCUGGAGUUGGGGCGCCAUGCGUCGUUGGUGAUGGCUUUCAUGCAGACGACGUGUGUGAUGGCAUUCCGUCUACUCCGGUCUGCUGUCCUGCCAGUUGUGGAAGUUGCGGCGGGGAAGCCUGCAGUAAUUUCCCGGGAGGGAGUGAGAAUUGUUGUCAUCGACCAAUUGUGGGAUCUGGCCGUAAGUGCUCAGCAGACACGGCGCCGCCCUGCGCGAUGUAUGGUGAUUCUUUUCUCCAUCCACCAGCUACAGUAGCUGCAACGACUGCAACCAUGACCAGCACCAGUACAACCACCACGACUGGGACGACCACCACGAUCACAGUUACCACCACGACAAGGACAGUCACAACCAGCACUUUCACCACUACCACUAUCACAGGCACGACAACCACGACUGGAACAAGCACGGCAACUACAACUACAAUAACGCUUACAACAACGACCCAAGUCACAAGGUCGUCUACAACCACCACCGUCGUCACUCGCCCGUGGACAACGCAGGGUAAGCCUUCUGAGACAUAG